AUGGCAGGAGAGAAGGGCAUGGCUCCUCACGCAGUGCCACGGGGUCAGAAGCCCUCAAAGAGACGAGCUCCUCGCGCCAACUUCGCUGUGCCGCCUUUGCUUUGGGACCGCGAUGCUGAAUCCGACAACGAAUAUGCCAAUCAAGUUAGAGGUGCCACCGGAGGCGUGUGGAAACGGGCCAUCAGUGCCGGUCGCAGGCAUGGGGAUUCGGUAGUGGAGCGUCGCUCAGACAGCGAUAGCGACAGCGACAGCGACAGCGAUGACAAUGCGCGGAAAAGUCGCCUCAAGAAUCCUCCACCCCAACAGCAGCAGCAACCUCCUUCAAGGCCAGAUACCCCCAAAGUGAAGCCUCCCAAUAAUGUGGCACCGGGCAAGUUGCCCUUAGCUACGCUCCGCCCGCCGCCAAUGAUGCGCCCUCCUCCGGCGGUCGUCGCCGCGCCGGCUGUGCAACCGACCCCCGUGAGAACGCAACCCGCCGCCACAUCGAACCCCCCGGCUGUACAGGCUCCAGUAUAUGUCGAGCAACCUCAGGAGACUUACAUCGCUCACCCCGAGAUUCCAGUUGAGGCACCACAGCGCCCUCCCACCCCGCCGCCGCCGACCCAUGAGGAACCCGCACCGCCGCCAAACCUCGCUCCGGCUGAGCCAGAUCCCCCACCACCACCGCCGCCUGAGCCCGAACCUCCGCCAUUGCCUCCAACUACCAUGACGGUGACAGCUCCUGCCCGAACCGUCACACUCUUCUCCACCAUGACGCCCCCGGAUUCGCCCUGGCCUAAGAAGCCUAAAUACUCUCCGUCACCGCAUCCCCCAGUAAUUACUCCUACUCCUACAGUACCGCCCGCAGUCGCCGCGCCCAGUGGACCACCUGCUUUACCCCCCUUGCCAUCAGUCGAUCCCUCAGCCCCGAGGAAAGGUAUCGACGGAGAGAAUCGCUCAACGCCCACCAUUACGGCCACGCUGGCUUCAGCAGUCCUUCCUGCAGCGACCACUUCCUUGUUGCCGGGCUUGGCCAGUGGUGGAUCUAGCAAGGACGAUGGAAGGCCGCCACGAAUGAACCCCGAAACAGAGCACGCUCUCAUUGCUGUGGGCUCAAUAGGAUCAUUCAUUUUUGCUUCAUUCCUUGUGUGGAUUGUAUGGAGGACGAUAAAGAGGGCGGGGCUGAUGAGAAGGGAAAGGGUGUCCGGCUACCCAGGUGACAGACCAGGCAUCAGCUCAAAGCUUCCAUUCUUCAAAGGAUCAGGCGGAUGGGAGAAUCUCGAAGGCCGCCGAAGCGAGCCACCUCAGUACGAGAAAGGACCGCAGGGAACACUUCGCUUGGACACUGGGUUCUAUGGCCCUGGCGGCACUUACCCUGGCAACUACAAUUUGUCGCAAGCUGAUAACCGCGGCAGCCCCAUUCACCAGAGUCCGACAGGCACCAUGCCGAUGAGAAUGAACACUACCAACGGACAAGGCACAUACAACAGUCAACAAAAUCCGUUCAGCAAUCAACAGAGUGGUUAUACGAGUCAAGUCGGAACAUAUGACAGCCAGACCGGGACUUUCGUCGGCCACGCGCCCAACGGGUCUCUUGCUCACACUGUCGGACAAUAUGGAAGCUCCGCGGAUCCCAAUAUGACUCUACGGUCAGGCGUGGGAGCUGGUGCGUACUUCAAUCAGUCCGAGCUAGCACGUCAACCAUCGGACGCCUAUGAUCCGGCUCGGCGGCAAGUCAACCGUGCAAGCGAGCUUUCGUCAAUCUCUUCUGGCUUUGGCGAUGGCGACAUUAUUAUACCCGGAAUGCCCGGCAUGGUGCUCCAACCGCCGCCCCCAGUGUCACAGUCACUGAGAGCCAGUCAGAUUGGCGUCGGCCGCUUCUCUUGGAUGAGCAAGACCAACCGCGAAACGAUGUACACAGAGGCUAGCGAGGAUCUCCCACCGAGAUUCAGGACGGUCGACAGCUGGGUCAACCAACAGACCGGCCGCGUGAAGAGAGCACAGGCAAGGCCAGAAACCGGUGAAGACGUUCCGCCCGUUCCGGGUUUACCGGCUGGGACGGGCCAAAACGGCUUGCCGCCUGAGCCUCAGUUUACUUUGAUGAUGCCAGAUGGGGAGGUACCCCGGCGGCCGGAUAUGGGGCCGAACCCGCAGUAG